AUGCCUACAGUACAGCAUCAAACAUUGAAUGAUCAAGAAAGAGGCAAAGUCUCUUUUAUCUAUGGAAGCAGUUGUGAUGUAAUCUGUAUUUCAGUUGCCAGAUUAUACCAAGGAAAUCAAGGAAGAUGGGAUUACACAGGUAUUGAAGGUGCAGUUUCAAUACUAUUAAAUCGUGUCGAAAAAACCUAUUAUAUUAGAGUUAUUGAUCUACUCACAACCAAAACUAUAUUUGAACAAGAGAUUUAUGAGAAUUUCGAAUACUCGAGACAAAGAGAUUUUUUCCAUACUUUUGAAGGUGACAAUGCUGUGUAUGGACUGUCCUUUGUAAGUCUAGAUGAAGCCUAUGAAUUUCAAGUAUCAAUACAAAAUGUGAUACCCUUAAUUAAAAAACCUUCCUAUCGAUUCGAAUCUAUAGAGGCAGAGAAAGAUAAUGCAAAGGCAGGAAAGAGAAGAGGUGGAUUCCUUUCAAAGAUUCUUCAUGGCAGCUCGCAGCCCGAAGAGAAAGGAAUGGUUAUAUCCAAUCCAACUGGAUUCCAGCAUGGUAUGCAUAUGGGAUACGGAGAGAAUGGUUUCGAGGUAAGAAACAUUCCACCAGAGUGGCAAGAGUUGUUUGCAAAGGCAGGUGUCAGAAAGAAGGAUCUCAAGGAUCCAGAGACUGCCCAGUAUAUCUACAGUGUCAUUGGCGCGCAACUAUCCAAUCCACCAAUGUCAUCUGGCAACGUCCCUCAAUACUCUGAUCUACCACCACCUCCUCCAACUCAAAAGGCACCAAUGAAACCCGCAAGAUCGUCUGCUGCUCCUCCUCCUCCACCCACUCAGCACAAGAUGGAGAAUUCAAUAAAGACACCACCACAAAGAGCAUUGGAGCAACCACUCACACCAAUUCCAUCAACUUACAACUAUCCAAGCAAACCACAACAACCUCAGCAAGUCAGACAAUCUCAAUCUCAACCUCAAUCGCAAUUCCAAGAGUUCCAAUCUGGACAGGAUGCAAUUACUUAUGUAUACAAUGGAGGUGGACCAAUUCAACAACAUCCUCAAUCCAUUACUAUGCAGCCAGCUCAACAACAACAGCAACAACAACAACAACAACCAGCUCAACAGGUCACUUAUCAACAACAGCCAGUUCAACAACAACAAAGACAACCAGUUUCUUAUCAACAGCAACCGGUGCAACAACAACAACAGGAAUAUCAACAACAGCAACCGGCAUAUCAGUCAGUUGUUCAACAGGUUCAACAAAAGCAAACUGUAUAUCCAGAGGUACAACAGAAACCAGUUCUGCCACCACCAAGAGAGGAUGUUAUGCACCCAACCAAGUAUCAGCCACCUGCUCAAGAAGACUUUGCAUUCGAGCAACACCAAGUCAUUCAGACUCAAGAUGGAACGCAAUAUUCGCAAGACUAUUCCUAUGAGAUUGAUACUAAUUCAAUGGCAGCACCACCAAUACCACCAAAUCAUCCACCACUUCCAAAGGAUUACCAAGGACAUCCUCCUCAAAGAGAUAGAACACCUCCAGCCAUCUCUCCAAGAACACUUCCCACUCCACCAAGCAAGGGACCAACGCCAAUUGGUCAAUCGCCAAGCAAGGGACCAACACCAGUCAGUCAAUCUCCAAAAGCAGCACCAGUGUCAGCACCACCCCCACCUCCACCCCCAGCUGCCAGACCUCCAACAGCACCAAGAGCACAAGCUCCAGCUCCAGCCUCGGCCAAUGCAGCUGCACUUCCUGCCGCCGGUGGACGUGAUGCACUUCUCGACUCGAUCAGACAAGGUAAAGCACUCAAACCAGUCGAUAUUAGCCAACCACUUCCAAGUAUCAAGGAUCUUGGUGAACCCGCCAACAGAUCUAUGGUUGACACUCUGAUUGAGGCCAUGGCUGUGAGAAGAGGUCGUCUUGGUGAAAAUGAGUACAUAGAAGAUGAUGAAGAUGACGAUGACUGGGAAUUUUAA